CUGUCCUUGACCUUUCAUUCCUUUGAUUGCUGUACGGGAAGACAACUCUGUCUGGCAGACUUUUGGAUGGUUUGUUUGAUCUACAUGAAAUGACAUGAAAUGAAAUCAAUGACAAUUUACAGUAUUUCUUUUUAUAGUGUUGAAGAAGAAGGAAAGUUAUGGAUGCCAGAUCAAGCUUUGGUGUUAAAUUGGAGGAGUUUUUACUCAUCCUAGAUGACAUCAUUGACAGAAAGAAUAGACAUUUAGAAAGACUCUGUAAAGAUAAGGAAAUAUUAUUUAAACAGUGGCCGAAGACAGCAUGUGAUGAAGAUGAUAAAAUCGAUGAUAUUGAAGACAAGAAGAACGUACAUGUAGAAGAAAUCACUUGUGAAGAAAAACAUGGAAUGAAUUUAGUCAACAAUCUACUUAAACGUGCGGAAAAAGCCAGAAUAGUUCAAAAAAAGAUUAUUGAAAAAGCUAGAAAAUCUGAAGAAACAUCGAUUGAAUUAGAAGACAAGGUUGAUGUUGAUGAAAGUAAUAAUGCCAAAUUAACUUCAAGUGUAGUUGAAGCAGAUUCCCAUAUUGAUAACACCAAGCAACAAGUUGACAUUAUUGUUAAUGAAAAACAAAUAGGCCAUGUCGAAACUAACCCAAAUAAUGAAGUGGUAUACAAAACGGGCAAAGAUAGCAAUAUUAAAUCAAAAAAUGUUUUGAAUAAUAAGCCUAAUGUGCAGCAUAGUAGUGCAAGAACUGUCAGAAAUGUACCUAGUCAAAAACAUUCUGCUCCAAUUAAGUCUACAAAAGUAAAUAAAGAUUCACUAAAUCCAGUAAGAUUAACAGAUAGUACGAAGUCGACUAAAUCUACUUUAAAAUCAUCCAGACCAAGUAGUACUACCAGCACAAGACACAAACAAAUGCCUGUUCAUAUGUCGGCACCAUUUAAAACGGACCCAAACGUGAAAGUUCCUGGAAGAAGAAUCAACAAGUCGUCUUUAGUCUCAUCAAAGCCUGUGAUCAAAUCAAAAUAUCUUGAUACAAAAAACGCUCAAAACAUUAAUAUCAAAACUAACUCAUCCGCAAGAAAUUGUAUGAUAAAUGAGAUCAAAACUAACUCGUCUGCAAAUGAGCCUUCUGCUCCAAUAAAAACUAGUACAAAGAUCUCAAGUUCGGAGGUAUCUUUGUCGAGGAGUGAAAAUCAAGCAACAUGUAGUGAUAAAACAGUAGAUCAAUUGAGUUCUACAAUUAAAUGUGAUAAUGUAACUGUUGAUUCAAUCAGUGCUAAUGAAGAUGUGAAAUCUCCUGAUUCUUUGAUUGACCCAAGUAAACUUGUUAAUCCAUUAGAAGAACUAUGUAUCGAAGAUAAAGAUGAAGCAAUCUCAGUAUCUAAACCAAUAUUUGAUUUAUACAGGGAUGGGUCAAGUUUAAAGAUACCAGGUCGGCUAAAGAAAUUGAUCAGUCAGAAUAGGAAAUUACAACAAAAAGUAUCUAAAGUCUCUGUAACUAAAAAAGUUGGUGUGAGCGAUCGUGAUAAAUUUAUGGGAAAUCUAGAAAGUAUUUUUGAUAAAAGUAGUGAUUUGAGUCUUCAGUAUAGAAAGUUACAAUGUUUAACAGCCCACACUAAGUUACAACAAUUACUUCAACAACUCCAAUUAGAAAAUAUUAAUGAUCUAUCAACACCAUUUGAUGUUUUACAUGCUAAAAUGAUGGUAGAAUUUAUUCUCACAGCUUAUCACGACUAUGAAGAGGAAACCAAAAAUGUCCUUGCAGUUAGAAACUAUGAUAGAUCAUCUUAUAAACCUAUUACAGUCAAAUAUCAACAUUCACUUCCAUCUAUCUGGCUUCCUGAUAAUAUCACCACAGAAAUCUUGGACUGUCGUGAUCAAGUUACUUACAGGUCCAAAAAGGAAAUACAAAAGUAUCAAACUGCACUGUUUCAGUUACAAUUACUACAAUUACGUAAAGCUAUUCUUCGAAUUGUACAAACUGAACUUUUACCAUGGCUUCAGAAGAUGGAUACUUCUUCCAGAGACUAUAUGAGUGUAUACUGUGGUGUGUAUUCUUUGCUUACAUCUGAUGGUAACCAUCUUCCAGCUUUAGUUCAAGAAAUUCUCCCAUCCUGAUAUUGUAACCAACACUACCAGAAACCAUAUUUAUUCUUAUAUUUUUAAUAAAGCUAAUUUAUGUGAAUACAUUUUUUG